ACUUGUUGAGGGAUGCGAUUGUUUUUUUCGAAAAAUACAAACAUCUUGCUAGAUUUGGCUUGUUUUAGAGGAAUCUGAGUAUGUUUCGUCCCUGAUCACUACUUGGGAAAAAUAGGAUCAGGUACCAGAAUUAGUAUGUGACGGGGCGCAAUGUAACCCAGUCACUAAUGAGAUUAGACAGGAUUAUGUCUCUGGACGCUCGAAGCGUCUUCAGCAGGUUUGGUAGGAACAGGUUGGUCUGUGAACAUGCCAUCGGAUAACCAAGCGAAGAGAAACAAACCAACAGGUUAAUUCUUAGCCACUGAAGUUCAACAAGGCUCUGGAUUCGGCUAUUGAAGCAUUCAACCAGUCAGUGUGUCAAGUAUAUGUUGCAGGCAAUAGAGCACCAUGUGAAAUCUUCAUAAAAUGGCUACUUAUGUACUGUGGUCAGCAGUUGUCUGGACUCUCAAGGGCCUGUUGUGCACAUGGAGGUUUUUCUGGGUCAGCCCAUAUUGUGCUCUAAAAUCUGCACCAUUAAAACAGCAUGCAGCUGACACUGAGCAUAAAUUACCAUCCCAACUGUCCCCAGUUGUCCAGGAUGUCAAGCAUCUGGCAAAGACAGAUGUAAAUGCAGACUCAGAGAAGAAGGUCAAAGCAGAAACCUGUGUUCAGCCUGAACGCACAAGUGGUCUGUUCAAGAGACUGCUGAAGGCUGAGGGGGAGAUUCAAGAACUGAAGAUAGAGAUCGCCAAUCAGAGAGCAUCAUGGGAGAUGCGGUUUGUGGAGCUGCAAAAGAGACAACACAAUCUAAGAGAACAGCUGACGUCUGAGAUUCUGGUAAGGACUGGAACACUGUACAGAGAUACUGAUUCAGAAGACGCAAAUGAAGUCUUUCUAGAGUCUGGCUUGGAGAAUGGACCUAAUCCUGAGGAGAAGGAGCAGGAAUGUUCUAGUGGACUCAGACACCAGCAAAAAGGAGAUGGUGGCAGUCCAAGCUGCUGCCCAUCCGACUCCAGAGCCACUUCUGUCAUGUCUAACAUCAGUGUGAGGUCUUGGUGGAGUGGAGGGGGACCUCAUCGAGUGUUUGUGCCCCACUCCCCCAUGGACCUGAAGAUUGGGCACAGGGUCCGAAUCAUGUUACCCUCUGGACGGAUCAGCACCGGUACCUUACGCUACCUGGGCAACAUUCAAAACUCUCCCGAAUACCAUCUUGGCGUAGAACUGGAGCUGGCUGAUAAUGGACAGCAUGACGGCACCCAUGAAGGACAGCGCUACUUUCACUGUGACCCUGGACGUGGCGCGUUUGUAACAUUCAGUAAAUUGUUAAUGGCUUGGGAGUAGAUGCUCUUUUUGGAACACUGAAGUGAAGACUCUUCAGGCCACUCAAAGGCACUCUUGGAACAGUUUGUUGGAUAGAUCUGAGCGCAGCAAUGAUGAAGUAUUUUUAUAGGCCAACCCAGAAGUUAACAUUCCCUACACCAAAAACACAACAGGCUUUUGGAUUAUUGCAGAAAUUAUGCAAAAAUAGUAAAAAGCUAAGUAAACAUGGUCACAUGACUUCAAUGUCACCAAUAUUACUUAUCAAAAAUAUUAUUUAAUAAAUUUUCCAUGAAAGUUGGAGUUUUAAUAGUAUGCAAUAGCAUGGUUAUAAACACAAUGAGGCUGUGAAACUGGUUAAUGAGUAGAUGAGUUUACCUGUUCAGUCUGAACACAUUUAAUGUCCCAUAACCUCUGUAGUCCCAUUUAGUUACUUGUUAGCAACUGCCUUUAUCAGUUCAAGCAAAAGCAACAAACACUCAGGGGUCAUAGAAUGGCCUGUGUUCACCACUUUAGGCAUUUAACCAAAAAACCAUUCAAAAAAAUAAAAUAAAAAUCUUUAGGACGAUGGAACCGGAGGGGCUAAAAUAAACUUUUUCCAGGUUUGGCCUACAAAAACACAUCAUGCCUGCAGGACUAUUUGUGUAUAGUAUAACUCUACUAUAGUAGAACAAUAACUGGCAGACAGGUGACCUUAUAUGUUACCAUAAAGGUGAAAAGGGUGAUUUCUGCGCCACUAGUGACACCAAAUGUAAAGGCAAAAACAAUUAAUCUCACCCCAAUAUUGUACCAUUGGAUGAAUAUGGUAUAGCUAUGUUUUGAAAGUGGCAUCAACCAAUGAAUGUAUUAGCUACUUGGUGUCUCUGUCUGUUAAUAAUCUGUCAUUUUUACCAAGAAAUCACACGUGAUCAUGUGAUUUGUCUGAAAACAUGAUUUUUCAGACAAUAAGUAAGCAUGAAGGUACACCCUAACCCUAACCUCAAAGGGACAUAAACAGAUCGUACAAACAAAUGACAAAUUAGCAAUCAAUUCUGCAUGUAUGUAGAUAUAAAUGUAAAUUUAGUUAGGCCCCGUCCACACAGAGACGAGUUUAGCAGUAUACGCGUAAAUUUUGUAUCAUGUAGGCGUUUUGGGAGUGAAACUGACAUUUUUUGAAAUCGGGUCCCAGACUGGAUAAAUCACAAAAUGCCCCCCUUGUGCUUUCGUCUGGACAGCGGAUCCAUAUAUUUUAUGAAACAAUGACAUCAUCAGCCCACGGCUCACCCCUAGUCAGACACCGUCACGUAACAGAAAUAAAAACAUGAACAAACACUGAAAAAUUGUCUUUUUAUUAACUGAUAUUAACUCAAGAUUAAUAAAUGUUUUGUUACAUGUUGGUUUGUAAACUGUGUGCAAGGUUUAAGCGCAUAGUCCAAAAAAAAAAGAUUGGAUAGGGAAAGCUCUGGCUUCGUGUGGACGUAGCCUUAGGUAUUGUCAUGAGAUUGUUUUGGAAUCUACACUUUUUCAUAUUUAUUUAUGACUGUUGGGGAAAUUCUGCAUUUCAAAUAUAUACUAAAAUAUCAGCACAUUUGAGAUAGAAAUACUCAUAUCAGUCGGUUAAACCGAUCAAAUUAUCCAAAAUAUUUCCAUACAAGGAAAAGUUGUGUAAAAGAGUGAUGAUGGCUGGUCAAAUUCUGUGGAAUUCUGUUGACGCAUUCCAUGCAUGUCUGCUUAUUGCCAAUAUCCGUUAAUGCAAAUGAAGGAUACACUCUAUUGAAUAUGGAUAAAGAGGAUUUUUAAACAGCGAUCUGAGGUAGAAACCAGUCACCUAUUCAGGAUAAGGUCCAAAAUAUUCCCAAGAGGCCAGGUGUGUUCUCCAGAUGCACUUAUAAAAAGAUUUUCCCUGUUUACUGAAGGAUGUGUUCUGAUGUUUCAGGAAAGAGACUGGACCAGUGCAUGACAAAGUUAUACCCCAUUCAUGGAAAUUAAGAUGAUUUUUUUGUAUCGAACAUGUUAACCCACAGACUUCUCAAAGAGAAAUGAUAAUGCUCAUUUUACCAAAUGUAAUAAUGUUACACACGUCUUAAGCUAAAUGUUUGCUGGGGCUUUUUUUUUUCACUGAACUUCCUCUUACAAAGAAAGCAAAUCACAUUCCUAUGGAUUAAGACAAGGAAAUAAACAAUGAUCACAUGAAUUACUGGGA